AUGUUUGCGAAUAAACUGACUAAUGCCAAUCCAUCAUUUGGUGGUGCAUUCAAUUUUGGUCAAUCAAAUACUCAACAACCACAACAGCAACAGCAGCAACAACAACAACAACCAACAGCAUCAAUUGGAUCAACAACUCAAACCAUAAUCAAUCCACCAACAUCAAACAUAAGUUCAACUUCAAAUAUUGACAUUACAGCAUCAUUAGAUAAUUCGAGUUCUGAUAAAUUACUACAAGAUCUCUUGGAAGCAGCAAAUAAUUUACCAAAAAGUAAUUUGGGAAACAAUAAUCAACUUGGAUCUAUACAUUUAACUUUAGAUGAGUUAGAACGUAAAACUCAAGAAUUAAGGAAUAUUGAAAUUAAACAAAACCAUUACACCAAAGCUCAUUAUUUAUUAGCAGAUGCUGGAGUUAAAACUGGGGAUAUUGAAGAUGAAUUAAAUGGAAUUCAACUACCAAAAUCAUCAUCAUCAAACUAUCAACAGCAACAAGAACAAUUCAAUUAUAAAAUAGAUAACAACAUAGAAAAUUAUUUGAAAAAUAGAAAAGAAGAGAAUAUACUAAAUACCAUUGAGCAGUCAUUCAAUUUAGCAUCACAAGAUUUUGAUACAUACAUCAAUUCUAGUAUAUCAGUAGAUUGGAAACUCAGAAGAGAGAAAUUGAAGAAAGCAGUGGGGUUAAAAGAUUCAUCAAAAUUUCAAGAAGAAGCAUUAAAAUGUUCAGUAGUUUGGAAAUCAAAUUCAGCUUCGGCAAAUAUUUUAACGCCAUUAUCAACAACAUCACCAAUUAGUGGAACAAGAAGCAUAUCUAGAGAUAAGUUUGAAAAUUAUGCGAAAAUUAUCUAUUCAUUAAACGAAUCAAGAAUAGAAAAUAAAAACUUUCCGUUAUGUUUAAAUUUUUAUGAAUUGAAUAAGAUUCAAGAUGAUUCAAAAUCAAAACAAAUUGCAGAAAUUUGGAAAAUUCUACAAAAUUUGGUUGAAGAGAAAAACUCAAAAGUUUUACAGGAACAAAAAUUUUUCAAGUCUGAUAAAUUGAAACUAAAUAAUUUGAUUGUUGAGAAAAGUAAAAAAUAUUUGGAAAAAGAAUUUUUAAAUUAUGUUGAUCAUAUUUAUAGAAAAGUCAUUGAUAAACCAAAAAAUUUUACACCAGCUACAAAUAUAAACAAGAUUUCAUUUUUCAUUCACCAGAUAAUUAUUAAGAAUGAACCAGAUUUAGUCAAUAAAACUUUGUUAGUCAAUGGGGUACCAAUCUGGUCAUUAAUUUACUAUUUAAUGAGAGCAGGAUUAUAUGAAGAUGCAAAUGAAUUAGUUUUCAAGAACCGUGAAUUGUUCAACAAAUUUGAUAAAAACUUCCCAAUUUAUAUUAAAAAUUAUACUGAUAAUUCCAAAUUUCAAUUGAAUUCAGAUUUACGUGAAAGAAUUCAUCAAGAAUUCAAUCAGCAAUUUCAAUAUGUAUUAAAUGAUAUUGAAACAAAUGUCAAUUAUGAUCCAUAUAAAUAUUCAGUUUAUAAAAUCAUUGGGAAAUGUGAUUUAAAUAAUAAAUCACCACCGCCUUCAAUAAACUUGAGUAAUGAAAAUUGGUUAUGGUUCCAAUUUUCAAUAAUCAAUGAAAACGAUAGCAAUGAUGAAUCUUCAUUAAUUUUUGAAAACUAUAGUUUAGAUAAUUUACAAAAUAAAAUAAUACUGUUGGGUCCAAAAUACUUUUCAUCAUCAUCUAACAAUCCAUUAUAUUUGAAAACUUUGAUUUUAUCUGGUUUAUAUGAAUUAGCAGUGCAAUAUUGUUAUGAAUCCAUGAAUGAAGCCGAUGCUGUACACUUGGCCAUUGGUUUAGCGUAUUUUGGAUUAUUGAAAUGUUCAGAUUUCAACAAAGAUGGUAUUCUAACAGUACAAAAUAAUGAAUAUGAAAUCAAUUACAGUAGAAUUUUAGGUUCUUAUACAACAACUUUCAAAUUAAGUGAUCCAAAAGUAGCAUGUGAAUAUUUAAUUUUGAUUGCAUUAGGACAAGGUGGUGAUUCAACUGAAGAACUUCGAGUGUGCCACGAUGCAUUGAGAGAAUUACUUUUGAUAUCAAGAGAAUUUGGUAUAUUGAUUGGUGAAUUAAAUCAGAUAACAGGAGUAAUUGAACCUGGUGUAUUAGAAAUUCAAAGAAAAUUAAUUGGUUUGGAAAACCUAAAUCUUUUCCAUCGUCAAAUUGUUUUAGUGACUGCAAAUAAAUGUGAAGAAGAAGGGAGAAUCUUUGAUGCAUUAUUAUUAUAUCAAUUAUCUUGUGAUUAUGAAACUACCAUCGUUUUAGUUAAUAAAUUAUUAGCUGAAUUAAUUGCAACGAGUGAUUUGAAUAAACCAAUAAUAUUAUUUGGUAAUUGUGAUGCUUUAAACAGUGGAUCAAUUGAUGUGAAUAAAGAAAAUAAUAUUGAUAAUAAUAUCAUUUUAUUAUCUGAGCAUAUUUGGAAUAGUUUUUCCAAGAAUAGUCAUAUAUUAAGUAACAUCACAUCACAAGUUAAACAAACUUGUGAAUUAUUAAUCUCGGUCAUUGAAAUACGAAAUGAUUUCAUUCAAAGAAAUUGGAGUGAAGUUAUAAACAAGAUAGAUAAAUUGAAUAUCUUACCAGCUAAUUCAACCGAUGAUUUAAGCAAAAUUAGAAUUUAUUCCGAAUUAAUAGAGAAUAAUGAUUUAGAUGAAAAUGUUAUUAAAAUUAUCCCAUCUUUAUUGAUUUUGGUAUUGACUUGUGUUACAAAUUUAAAUUAUAAUAUAUUGACAAAAAGAUACCAAUCUUUAAACAAUGAAAAAGAUGAAUUACUUCAGUGGAAAAAGAUUGCUAAAAAUUGUAUUAUAUAUGCUGGUAUGGUUCAAUACAAGAUGCCUAGAGAAAUUUAUAGUUUAUUAAUUAAUUUAGAAUCUUCUUUAUAG